CCGUCAGGUUAUCUUCCCGUUGGUGUCGCAUUGAGGCAAGCCUUUAAAAUUUGUAUUUUAUUAUAAUUGUAUCAUCUUUUCUAACGAGGAACCGUAUGGGCUCUUAAAAAUUCAUUCUAAUCCAAACUGUAUUUUAACAGUGGGAGAUUGUUACUCAUUCUAAAAUGUGUUCUUGUAUGGAACAUCAGAUUUGGAAUAGGAUGUUUCUCAUCGUUCUAUUCCUGUCAGGUGCUGCGGCUCAUUCUCCUGGUCUCACUGCUGCGAUGCCAGGCAGCAUCACAGCCCUGUCAGGCUCCUGCGUGCUAAUCCCAUGUCUCUUUAAUGCCACUACCACAUCUCUACCAAACUUAACAUUGAACUCAAAAGGAGUUUGGAUUAUCAACGAUACACGUUUUGGGAAGUUUCCACAGAAUGUCAUCUACAAUAGCAGUAACCUGAACAACAGCUACUCAAUGAAGAUAGUCGGAAACCUCACAGAGAGAAACUGCACCUCAUUCCUCGACAAUAUAACGCAAAAUCAUGUAAACUCCUACUACUUCAGAUUAGAGGACCCAUCAUUCAGAGCAACAGCCGAUCAAAAUGCUUGUAAAAUAAAAGUUGACGAUGUGCCUCCCAGACCGACCAUCACCGACCCAGAGAGUCUGAAGGAGGGUGUCUCUGUCUCUGUCACCUGCUCUGCUGUGGCACCCUGCCCCACACUCCCCCCUGAGCUGAAAUGGACUGGUCCAAAGGGGACAGCUACAGUCAAAACACUGCAGGAGAAUUCAGACCGAACCAAGUCAGCCCAGCUCACGGUGAACUUCACUACCGCUGCCCAUCACCAUGGGACGAACAUCACCUGUAAAGCUCUCUAUCCAACUAACAGUCAGAAGACCAAGGCAUCAGAAGCAACUGUGACUCUCAAUGUUUCAUUUUCUCCCAAAAAUACCUCCGCUUCCAUCCACCCAACUGAUCUGGUGUCAGGUAGCAACGUGACUCUGACCUGCACCAGCAGCGCUAACCCUCCGGUCAGUAACUUCAGCUGGGUCAGGAUCAGUGGAAACACGUCAGUUGGUGUUGGAGACACCCUCACCAUCAAAGUGACCGAAGCUGAGAAGGGAAGCUAUAUCUGCGUGGCCAGAAACCACCUUGGCCAGCAGAGUUCACCUGAGGUUCAGCUGACGAUUAGAGGACAACCGACAAACAUCUUGUACUAUGCGAUCAUAGGAGGGUCUCCAGCGAUGCUCCUCCUCGUUCUCGUUCUGCUGGCUGUCUGGAGAAAAUCCAGCGGUUCUGUCGACAGGGGAGCAAAGAUGACAGCCAGCCCGUCAGAGCAGGUGAGCACGCUCUCUCUUAUACAGACCCUGCCUGUUGGGCGUGAAGAGACACACGCCACCAGGGUCCCUGUGGAAGCAGAGGAACCGCCCAGCCAGUCUGAGGAGAUCCAGUAUGGUGAAAUAGACUUCUCCAAACUGCAGCACAAAGCCGACAGGAAUUUGGAGAAGUGCUCAGAAGACACAGAGUACUCUGAGGUCAGGAAGGGCGGGGGGCAGCCACCCACCCCGGACCCUGAAGACCUCUACGCUCAAGUCAAGAAAUAAUCAUUUGCCAUGAAGUCCUCCUUGGGGAUGAGGUGUUUUUUGACUUGUUCUUUUGAGUUGAAUUGGUUUAUAGUUGGUCAGUGUCUGAAGUGCUCCUCGCAAUCUGAUUUUUUUAUUAAAAUAGUAUAAUUAUAGGAAACAAUAUCAAUGUCAGUCUUUUUGAGUUGAAUUGGUUUAUAGUUGGUCAGUGUCUGAAGUGCUCCUCGCAAUCUGAUUUUUUUAUUAAAAUAGUAUAAUUAUAGGAAACAAUAUCAAUGUCAGUCUCCUUUUACACUGGCAUGCUGGGUAUUUUAGUAGCUUGAAGCCUUUCUCAACAAACCUUCCUUUUGAUGUACCAGUGAUGCACUGAUAUCCAUCUAGUGGUCAACACUGAUUUUACAUUUAGCCUCCAGAAAAUAGUCAGCAAUAUUUGUUUAUAUAUUAUGUAUUGGGUUAUGUACUCUACAUAGCGAUGUUAAUAGUAGACACAGGAUGUUUUGUAGAACACUGGAGAUGAAUUUAAAGAUUUAUUCAUUGCACUCAAACACUUUCACAUUCAUUUUCAAAUCUCUUGCUUUUAUUGGUCAAAAAUGUGACAUGUGGUGUAAACAUUAAUGCUUUUUAAUUGGGAAUAAUAUAAAAGUGGCAACCUUGCAAAUCA